AUGAGACGAAGAAUCACCUUCAUCCAACCCCCCAAUGCCCCCUUCUCCCCCGACCAAGCCGUCCUCACCCCUGACGCCCUCACGAUCACCAACCUCGACGCUGUCCGCGAAGAACGGCUCACCGUUAGCUAUGAUGAGUUGCCAGACGAUGUACGAGCCGUCCUAGAUCAAUACCAGGCAGUUCAUAUCCGCUGGGCCACGGAAGACCCGUAUACCGCUGCCGCGCCGUUUGCGAGUAGGAUUUCGCCGGGGUUGCAUGUUUUUGUUUCGGGAAAGAAGCGUACCGAGGGGGAAGAUGUACUAUGUCCAUUGCUGAAGAGGGUGUUUUGGGAGGAGGUGGAAUGCUUGAGUACUGAGAAAUCGUUCAUAGAGCCUCCCAUCCUCUCGAAGCGUUUCUCCUCCACCGCUGACUCGUACUACUGGUCCCUCCUCCCCUUUUCAAGUCCGCUGGUCAGGUAUAUCGAAGACAACAUCUGUGCCAAAGCGUCAGAUAAAGCGUCGGAUAACUGCUUAAAACUCGCUCGGUCGCUAUACGCAGACUCAAUUGACAUCAGCUACGAUAGCAUCUCGCAUGCCCUGACUGUGUCGGCGGUGUCGAGUAGAACACAUGGGGGGCAGGGGUGGACGGAGAGGAUUACGAAGCCGGACGAGAAUAGUAAUGAUGGAAGGGAGGGGAUUGAUCAGGUGGAGGUUGGAUUGUUGACGACGGAGAAGGCGGCAGAUGAGGAGGAUAUCAAGAUGGGUGGGUUGCUAAGUGUUGUGGGGAGGGAUGAGAAGAUGAAGCCGACGAUGUUUUCCUUCCCAUCGCGGCACCAUGCUCUACCGGAUGACGCGACGUAUUUGACUUCCUUCCCCCAUCCGAGAGGUCUCCAUCCGACAAUGACUCUUUCCCUCUCUCCGUCAGCGCUGAAAGCACCCUCCGCUCCGGCAGACGCAACCUGUGCGCUGCAUACAUAUCUUACCCUCCCAUCGUCGAUCUUUGGUGACAAAUACCAACUCUCCACGACGGAUCCGCUCUUCCUCAAAUCGCACAAUCUAGCUGCCCUCCGCGCCGUCUUCGGCGAAACAGACCUUGAGGCACCAGAUUGGGGCGUUGACCGCUGGGGAUCGAACUGGUUACUCGAACUCGCUACUCCAGAGAACCCCGAAGAGGUCACAGGUGAAUGGAACGUGACUAUCCCACUACACCUGCGCUACUUGCCCCCCUCCAAGUCUGGAUACCGUACUAUACAAGUCCCAUGGCCGGUAGUCUUCUGGGCGUGCACGGCUGAAGGAGGAACGAAGAUGGGGAUCAACCCGUUUGACCGGGUGAAUCUGGGUUGGGAGGGGUUGUUUGGCUCGCGGACGAUGUUUUACCAGGUGCAUCCUGGUGAUAAUGAUGAUGCCCGUCUUGUUGAGAAGAUAACCGUGCCUGUUUUGCAGUUGGAUGAGAAACAGGGUCUGUUCCGGAGUAAGACCAUCGAGCUCAGUACGGUGGUGGUUAUUGUGCUCGGUUUUGUGUGGGUGUUGUGGAAGCUUGGGGUGGUGGUGUCUUCGUCUUCAUCUUCGGGGAAGAAGGGUAAGCAGGGGAAGACUGAAUGA